AUGUCUUUCCUUCAUAAUCAUUCUUGCGAGUGCGUUAAGUCAGAAUUGGAUUUGUUUGCACUACCGUCUACACAAACUAGCAUUGAAAAUGGAUUGUGGAUUCAUUAUAAACCCAUUUCAUCUCUUGGUGAUGAUGGACCUAUCGAGUUUCAAGUUCCUGGGACCGGCGAUGACUACAUAGAUUUGUCUCAUACAUUACUCCACAUAAAGGCAAAAGUAUUAAAUCAAGAUUCAACUAACUUGGUAUCUACUACAAUAGUAGCACCUGUAAAUAAUUGGCUGCAUUCACUUUUUAGUCAACUUGAUGUUUAUUUAAACCAAAAACUUGUAUCACCACCUAAUAAUACCUAUGCAUAUCGAGCAUACAUGGAAACCCUUUUAAACUAUGCCCCUGCUGCUAAACAAUCUCAUCUUACUUGUAGUCUUUGGUAUGAGGAUACAGCAGGAAAAAUGGAUUCUACAGAUGGUAAAAACAUAGGAUUUGUUAAAAGACAGGAAUUGAUUAGUGAAAGUAAGGAAAUAGAAAUGAUUGGUCAUCUUCACGGUGACAUUUUUAACCAAGAUAAAUUUUUAAUUAAUGGUGUUGAAAUGAGUGUUAAAUUGGUUCGAUCAAGAGAGAGUUUUAAUUUAAUUGUUGGGUCGAACGAUGUAAAGUUUAAAGUUUGCAUUACGGACGCAACUCUUAUUGUGCGACGAGCACGAAUUAAUCCAAGUGUAUUACUCGCACAUCAAAAAGUUUUAGCUUCUACCACUGCUAAAUAUCCUAUUACUCGAGCUGAAGUAAAAGUUUUAACAAUUCCUUCGGGUGUUCAAGGAAAAACUCUUGAUAAUAUAUUUUUAGGACAGGUACCGAAAAGAUGUAUAAUUGGAUUUGUGAACAAUUCUGCAUUUAAUGGUUCCCUUACUAAAAAUCCAUUUAACUUUGAAAACUAUGGUAUUAAUUCUUUCAGCUUAUAUAUUGAUGGUCAACAAAUACCUUCAAAAGCUUUGCAACCAUCUUUUAAUAAUAGCAUAUUUACAUCAGCAUAUCAUACUCUAUUCUCGGGAACUGGUAUUCACUUUCUUAAUGAAGGAAAUGGAAUCUCUUGUGAACAGUAUGGCAAAGGUUACUGUCUAUUAGCAUUUGACUUAACUCCUGAUUUAUCAGCUAACUCAUCAACUCAUUGGAAUCUCAUAAAGCAUGGUAGUGUAAGAAUAGAAGUACGAUUUGAAUCCUCAUUAAUACAAACAAUUAACUGUAUAGUUUAUGCUGAGUUUGAUAAUAUUAUUGAGAUAGAUAAAAACAGAAAUGUUACUGUAGACUAUAGUAGUUAA